AUGCGAUAUUCUAUUGUAUUUUUUCUGGCAAUUUUGAAAUAUGGUGGGUUUUUUUCUGUGAUGUUCAGAAGUUAUGACUCAAUCAAAAUUAAAUUUUUCAAAAUUUGCUAAAAACUUUGAAACCCUGAAAAAACAUUUUCCAGGAUCCGCCUCGCUGAAAAAUGACGACAACAUUCCGGUAAUUGAAAUUCGCGGCGAGGGAGCUCCAAUGAGUUCAGCUCAAAUCAGACAUUUGGAAGAGAUGGACAAUGGUGGACCGCUUGAUGUGAAGGUAACUUUCAAUAGGUUUCACAGUGUGUAAUUUACUACCUAAAAUCGUUGGACCUCACACAUUUUCGUGGUAGAAAUUUCUUAUCGAAAAAUUCGGCCACGCAACUAUCACAUCAUGUCAGCCCAAUGAAAAUUGGCAAUCGGUGAGAGUGAAGAAGACUUAGAGAAAAAUAGAUAAAAGGUACAUUAAAAAUUUGUGGGUCUGAAAAUCCAUAAUUUUUGAAAUUGCGGUUGCUAAACAUAUUUUGUUUCGAAAAAAAUUGAGGAUGACUUUUAGUCGCUUGGUACAGUGAAAGUUCAAGAAUGAAUUCUCAAAAGUCAAGCUGAAGCCUAUUUCAAGAUUCCACAAAUCCUAGACCCACAAAUUUGACUCGCUGUAGAUCACGCGCGAUUUCAAUAUCUUUUCGUCUCUUUCACUCUCACCGAUUGCUGUUUGACAUGUUGCUAUGUGCGCUCUGUUGCAAACUGCAAUAAUUUGUGUGGCAGACUACUGUAGUUCGCAAUUGUGUGCCAACACGGCCACGCACAAAUGCAUCCCCAUAGCAUUUUUUUCGUGGCGCAGCAGAAAGAUUACACAGAGUGUUGAACAAAGCGUCUUUUUACAGAUCGAAAAAACGUAUGUGCCUGCAAAAUGUGCGCAACAAGCAAAACGUCUCGAUUUCAUCACUUUCCAUUACAAAGUCUUCACCGAGGAUAACAAGAAAGUCUUUCAAACCUAUGGAACAUCUCCAGUUACAAUUCAACUUGGAACCGGUAUGAUUAUACCAGGUCUUGACAAGGUCAGUCACAUAGUUAGUUGAAAGAAAUUAACCUACUUUUAUGAUUGAUUGCUUUUGCUUCAAGAAAAAAGAAAACAACAAUUUUUUUUCAAUCCAAAAAAAAAAUUUAAAAAAUUCAGGGAUUGAAAGGAAUGUGUGAGGAAGAAUUGAGAAAAGUGAGUGUGCCUUAUCGAUUGAGUCGAAAACCAAAAACUCGAGUCUGGAAAUCGAUACCAAAUGAUGAAAAUUGGUUGCAAUUCAAUUUGGAAAUGAUUAAAAUCGAGCCGUAUUCGCAUGAAAAACAAUUUGAAAGUUUGGAUUUGAAUGGCGAUGGAAAAUUGAAUGAAAAUGAAUUGGUGGAUUAUCAAAAGAAAAUGAGAAAAGAAUAUGGAAAAUCGUGGAAAAAUGAGGAUAUUGAUAAUGUCAGUGCAGCCAAGUAUUAUAUCAAGUGAGUUGAAGAAGUUCUUCUAGAAUUGUUAUAAUGUCUCAACAAUUUUCAGAUACUUCGAUGUUGAUUCGGAUGGUUUGAUAACAUUCGAAGAAUGGAAAAAGAUAAUGCUUCGAGAUGAAACUGAAAUCGCAUCAAAGAAAUCAGUCAAAAAACCGAAGGGAAGAAAACGAGAUCCAGGAAUUGGUUGGAUUCUUGAUUUCAAUAAUGAUGGAAUUGUGACACCAAAAGAACUCGAUGAGGCUUCGGAUAUUUUCGAAAAAUCACCAAAACGUUUGCCGAAUGAGGGGAAAAAAGAUGAACUUUAG